UUAAACAUCCAGUGAGGCAGUGUAUCGCCGUCAUUGCUAUCCACUGGCCGCGCCACAGUUCUCACAUAUUGUUUUUAAAAAUCGGUAACAAUGAAGACCGCACCUAUUCUCCUCAUCGUCCUUCUAUCAAUCAUUUGUUUGAGCGAAUGUAAAGAUCUGAUUGUGGGUACCACUUACAACAAUCGACUCCUGUGGCAACAAAAGGUCGAGUACAACGCAAUCCCCUUGAAGAAAAGGGUUAAGGAGGUAUUCUACAGCGAUCCCGGACAGCAAAUCUUUAAGGCCAUUAUAGCGCGAGAUAUAGAUCACACCGAUGCCAUCGCUACGGUCACAGCAGGAGGAGUCGGCUUUUCCUAUGUCAACAUCAGGCUGAAGAGUGAGCGAGGGUCUGGAUUGAACUACCAAAUCGAAAUCUAUUCUUAAUACCUUCAUUUCGAUAAUAUAUAAUAAUUU